AUGGGAAGACCUCAUCCUCCACGCGAGGGCUCGUCUUCGAAGAAAUCAGAACAACCCAAAUCUCACACAACGAGUAGACACGGCAGCAUAGACAGUAGAUCGAUUGCGUCGUCACACGAUCCCCAAGACUUUCUCGGAUACGACAUGCAAAAUUGCUCCAUUGACGAAUAUCCGGAGAACACAUUCGGUGACGGAAGUGCCCUGGAUUUCUGCGGAUCUGGGAUGCCACCCUAUCAAAUGAAUUCCCUGCAAACGGACCCAUCUUAUCUAUACGAACCACCGCGAGAGAAUGCAUCGGCCUUCGGUGCCAAAGACGAUCUGAGCAGAUCCAGCUCCAACGGAACAAUGUGCAGUAACGACAGCAUCUUCUCCCAGUGUUCAAAUUACGGUAGUAGCAUGUCGAGUGUGGGUAGUUCCAGCGGGCUCGCAAGUCAAGGGCGCUCUAAAGGACAGGACUUUGACUGCGCAACAACGGCCAUGAAUAUUCUUCAGGAACUCAAUAUGACAUCCAUUAAACCAUCCGCCGAAAUUGACCCUCCUAGCCUCGAUGCAACGACAAACGCUGCCUCAGCUGCUAUCAAGCGUAUAUCCACCAUUCUCGUCUGCCCGUGCUCUCAAAAGACCGACAUCGCCCUCUUGGCAUCUGUGGUCUGCGCUGCAAUCUUGGACACGUAUGCAACGAUCCUACACAAAGCAGGUGGCUCAAAGAGUCGAAAGAGCUCUUCCGGGAUGAGUAAACAUAGCACUAUGUCUAUGGUCAAGGAUGUAAUGAGAGACGCGGAUGUGAUGGAUCUAUGUCCUUCAGGUUCCCCACAUAUCCAUGGAGGGUCAAUCAAGAAGAAAUCCAUGAUGCGAGUAUUGGAAGAUCUACCGAAAGUGGCAAAGUUGGUGGACCAAUUCUCCAGGCGAUACAAGAAGCAAGGAAACGGCUCUGACGACUUUUUGCCCGCAUUGGCCACGUCAUUAAAAUCAGGGCUGAAGUCUUUGACCAAUGAGGCUACGAAUUGGGUAGCUCAAUGA